UUUUUUUUACUUUAUAAUAAUAAAAAGGGAGUUAAAUAGGCCGAAAGGGGGAGCGUGAUAUCGCGGACUAUCCACAUCUGCUUGCAGUGCGGUUUACGCAUCUUUAGCCCUCUGCCUAUAUAAUAACAUAUGCUCUUAGCGAAGUCAGAGUCUUCAAGGAAUCCGGGAAACUAGAAAUAGUAAUAGAAGAGUCACCACUUAAAACCAUGGGAGUGGAAGCUUUGUUAAACAACAGGGAGGCUGGGCUUCAGCUUGAACCCAAGGCCCCUGUUAUACUUGGACUCCAACCAGCCGCCCUCAUCGAUCACGUCGCUCGUGUCGAUGGUUCCUUGCUCGACCAAAUUCCCGGUGAACGCGGUGGUUCAAUUCCAGUGGCGAUUGAAGAGCUUGAGCACAUACUAAUGGAGCUGAAUAGACACAUCCUUGCGUCAGCUGCUGAUGGUCAAUCUCCUAUAAAGACUAUGGCUGGGGGAAGUGUUGCAAAUACUAUUCGAGGACUUAGCUCAGGCUUUGGGGUUAAUUGUGGGAUGAUUGGGGCCUAUGGGGAUGAUGAGCAAGGUCAAUUGUUUGCAAGUAACAUGAACAUUAGCGGGGUUAACACUUCAAGAUUGAGAAAGAAGAAAGGAACUACUGCUCAGUGUGUAUGCCUAGUUGAUGCAUUUGGCAAUCGAACAAUGCGACCUUGCCUAUCAUCCUCUGUAAGAGUUCAGGGGGAUGAAUUGACCAAAGGGGAUUUUAGUGGCUCCAAGUGGUUGGUGGUGAGAUAUGGAGCAUUCAAUUUGGAAGUCAAUCAAGCAGCUAUAAGAAUUGCCAAACAAAAUGGUGUCUGUGUUUCGUUGGAUUUGGCCAGUUUUGAGAUGGUUCGGAAUUUUAAAGAAUCUCUUCAACAGUUACUGGAGUCAGGGGAUAUAGAUCUAUGCUUUGCCAAUGAGGAUGAAGCAACUGAGUUGCUGAGGAGUGAACAAAAUGCUCAUCCCGAAGCUGCACUGGAAUAUCUGUCCCAGUAUUGCCAAUGGGCUGUGGUUACAUUAGGGUCCAAUGGAUGCAUCGCGAAGCAUGGACAAGAGAUUGUUCGAGUUCCAGCUAUAGGGGAGGCAAAAGCGAUUGAUGCCACAGGAGCUGGGGACCUAUUUGCUAGUGGUUUCUUAUAUGGAUUGGUGAAGGGUUUAACCCUUGAGGAAUGUUGCAAGGUAGGCUCAUGUAGUGGUGGAUCAGUGAUUCGUUCCCUUGGGGGUGAGGUAACCUCAGAGAAUUGGAAAUGGAUGUACAAGCAAAUGCAGAUGAAAGGCCUCUCACUUCCUGAUAUGCGGAACUGAACAUCUACAUAAUAUAAGAACCAUUCCAUUCCACUUGCAUUGCUAUGGCUUUACUUUUCUGCAAGCAAAAGGGCAGCUUUUGGGGCUGGAUUGACGUGUUUACACGACUCUUUAUCAACGUAAGCUUCAACAUAUAUAUUCAAUGUUGAGUCAUCGUUGAAUUAUUUCUGUAGGAACUUCUCUGCAAUGGCUUUAAUCCUUGUAUUGAAUGUUAU